UAAAAUCGUUAUCCUCUCAGGCAGUGGCAAGUUCCGAUUCGGAAAUCUUCUCAAAACCCUAAAAUCAACCAUUUUUCUUCUUCGUUUCUACCCUUUUUACCGAUCUUCGUCGGCAACGCAGGAAUUCACCCACUUCCCAUAUCUCUGAUGGCAUCCAAAUCGAAGAGCGAAAACCCUCACACCGGUGACGGUGCUAGCCCCGGGAAGAUUUUCAUUGGAGGCUUGGCGAAAGAUACAACUUACACUCAAUUCAACAAGCAUUUUGGGAAUUACGGAGAGAUUACAGACUCAGUGAUCAUGAAAGAUCGGUACACAGGACAACCUAGAGGUUUUGGGUUUAUCACUUAUGCUGAUCCUUCUGUGGUUGACAAGGUUAUCGAAGAUACACACGUUAUCAAUGGGAAACAAGUUGAAAUUAAGAGGACCAUUCCUAAAGGACAAGGUCAAUCAAAGGAUUUUAAGACAAAGAAAAUAUUUGUUGGUGGGAUUCCAUCAACGGUUACUGAAGAUGAAUUCAAACAUUUCUUUUCCAAGUAUGGGAAAAUUGUGGAACACCAGAUUAUUCGUGAUCAUGAGACGAACCGCUCGCGGGGCUUUGGGUUUAUAGUUUUUGAGGAGGAAGAAGUUGUAGAUGAAAUUUUGUCCAAAGGAAAUAUGAUAGAUAUGUCUGGUACCCAGGUGGAGAUCAAGAAAGCUGAACCCAAGAAAUCCUCAAACCCACUACCUGCUCCUGCUUAUGGUAGCAACUCUAGGGCUCGUUCAUUCAAUGAUGGCUUUGGUGGAUAUGGUGGUUCUUAUGGGGACUUUGAUGCAGGCUUUGGACCUGGCCCCUUUAGGAAUCCUGGUGGUAUUGGUGGUAGGAUUGGAAGUGGCUAUGGUUAUGGUAGUGGUGGUGAUUUUGGUGGUGGUUAUGGAGGGUUUGGAGGCAAUAGCUUAGGUGGCUACCGAGGUGACUCAUCCCUUGGUUAUUCUAGUCGCUUUGGACCUUACAGUGGUGGGUUUGGUGGGGGAUAUGGCACGAGUGGCUUAGGAGGAUAUGGACGAGGGGUUGAUGGAUAUGGGAGCUAUGGAAGUUCAGGUUAUGGUGGAGGUUACGACUCUGGUCCUGGUGCUAGUUAUGGUGGAGCAGGUGGUUUGUAUGGAAGGGGAGGCUAUAGUGGGAGUAGUCGAUACCAUCCUUAUGCAAGGUAGAAUCAUUGCGUAGUCAGUACCGUCUAUCCCCUUUGAAGCUAGAAAAGAGACUUCAAACACAUUAGUCAGUACCGUCUUUUCUCCAUUGCUGUCUUGCUAAGAUUUGCCAUAGUCUUCAAACACAGGUUCCUUUAGUUUUGUGGCCCAUUGAUAGGCGCUUCUCACAAAUACUAGAGGUCCCAAAGAAGCGUUUGAAAGGCUGGAAGAGAGUGUAUUAGACAUUUCAUUGUAUGGUUUUAGAUACUAUUAUGUAGACUACUGCAAGCUAGUUUGUGCCUAAUAUGGCUGUCCUGAUCUAGUACAAUUUAAAUGUAGUGUGCUGUCUGCUGUGGUGUAGGUUUUAGCAUAUACUUUUUCUUGGUUGUGUUUAUUCCUCACGACUCACGUUAGUUUGAUAUCUAGAUAGAUUUAUUCUGUUCUAUAAA